CGCAGACCGUUCUACAAACACCCGCGUUCCAACAUUGCCUCUCUUCUGCCCUGAAAGUCUCUUUGCUACCAAGAGAACGGGUUCAACAUUUGUGUAGACGAUGACUGUUUUCCUUGCUGUCUUGCUCCUUGCGUCGGUGACGAGCGCCGCCAGGCUGCCGCUGCCGGAAGUGCAGCAGGGUAGGAGCACCACCCCCACAACUACACCAUUGACAACCACUCCGGGCUUCCAGACAACCACUCCUUUCCCAACCACCACCGGUUCUUGGCCGGACUGGGCUACCUGCAAGGUUGAGAACUAUCACUACUACCCCACCCAUUACCUGGCUCUUGGAGAAUGCAACUAUUACAUCGGUGGCUGCUACGAGGCCUGUUGCCAGGCUAACGGGCAUCUGUCUUCCCCUACAUUUGUCUGUGAUUUUGGCGGCCCCUCUUUCCGGAAACGCCAGGCCCAGCCUCCAACGACUGUUGGUACUACGACCACUUCCGGUACCUGGACUACGCCUUUUCCUACAACCACGCCCACCACCCCCGGGUCCGGCUGCUACGUGGAGAACCUGCACUACUACCCCGCACACUGGCUGGCGGUGGGGGAGUGUAACGCGUACAUAGGCGGCUGCUACCAGAAGUGCUGUCAACCGGACGGGAACCUCUCUCCAUCCACGUACAUCUGUGAUUUCGGAACGCUUUGGUGGGGAGCAGGAGCGAACCCUGAGCUCCAGCCCUGAGCGAUGACUCACACAAGUUAGCCCGGUGUCCAGGCUGUCGUGGUUGGGACGGGAUCACUCGCGAGGCUCGACUUUAGACCCUUUUCCCACUUGGAUAAAAUUGUCCGGAUCGAACCGAUUCUAUUCGGACAAUUUUAACAUGGAAUGGGGCCGUAGUUUUGGCGGCCCGGUGGGAGUUUUGCACGACAGGAGUUAGAUUAUCCCCUGAGUUAAUUGAACUUCCGCCGUGCAAAACUUACAGCGGAGCCUAGUUGAGUCGUGCCCAGCGAAGAGCUUCUGCAGGCCCGAAGAAAGCCGACCCAAACCACGACAGACUGGACAGAAGGCUUACUCACGAGUCAGCGUACUGACGCAGCGUGACAACCCUGGCAAAGAUACCAGUGUUCAAAUUAAAUCCAAAGUGUGCAGCGUCAA